AUGGCUACUUCAACAGACUCAAAAGUCCAGGAACAUGCUUCUACAGAAACCGUGAAAGACACUCCUAAAAAGAUCCCGGCUCCUAUUCCUGACGUCAACGUUUGGCAGCUCAAGAAGCAGCCUGUGUCAGCCAUAAAUACCAAUGAUGCUUCUUGGCCUGAGCCUAAAGAAGCUGUUAUUCAACAAGAAGAACCUUCCGUCAAAUCAAGUGUUUCCACAGGCCACAAAUUAGUUGGUAAAAGCCAAUGGAAGCCUUAUACCCCCACCAUCAUUCAUUCUACACCCUCUCCUACUGCUGGCGGACGUGGAAAUCGUGCUAAUAGCACAGCUCGUAAUGGAGCACGUCAAGGAUCAAAUGCCAAAGAAAACAUCAAUAGAAAACCAACUUUAAAAAACAUCCCAAAACCAACAAGAUCUCAACAACAAAGAUCAAUCAAAGAAGAACCUAAAGAAAAGACUGCUGAUACAAAACCAACUAUUCCAGAAAACACCCCUACCAUUGAAUCCAACCAACAACAUCACCGCCAAAAUCACCAUAAUACUUCUUUCAUGAAUGGUCGUAACAGUAGUAGUAAUGGAAUGCGACGUGGCCGUGGAUCUUCUCGAUUUCAACCUCGUUUUUUCAAUCGCCCUAACCCUUCUGCUUAUCUUAAUGUGGAUCCUGAAGUUCUCAAGUCUUAUAUCUGUCAACAAAUCGAGUAUUAUUUCAGUGUCGACAACCUCUGUAAAGAUCUAUUUUUACGUAGCCAAAUGGAUGCAGAAGGCUAUGUUCCUUUGUCUUUGAUUGCUGGUUUUAACCGUGUUAGAGGUUUGACAUCAGAUAUGUCUCUUGUUCGUGGUUCUUUGAAUCUUUCCAAAAUUCUUGAAGUGAAGCAACAAGAAGAUGAACUCUUUUUGCGUAAAAAAGAAGGUUGGGAGACUUGGGUGCUGCCUGCUGCUGGUACCGCAGCAACUACCAAAACCGAUUCAGGUGUGCCUCAAAUCAUCAAAUCAACACCUGCUGGACCUGCUCCUGUUCCUACCUUGGCUUCUUUAGCUGGUCAAGACAAAAAGACUGCUCCCCAACAACAACAACAAGAUGAAGAUGAUCUUUUUGAUUUUGAAGAUGAUGAUGAAUGGAUUGAUGGUAGUCGUCAAAAUACAGUCAAAAAAUACUAUCUCUCUGAUGAAGAUGAUGAAGAUGAAGACUACGAAUUUGAUGACGACCAAGUAGCUCGUAUCAUGAUUGUCACUCAACGUAAACGAGAUCGUACACAUCAAUCUUUUGAUCGUCAUAAGAUGAAUGAUGAUAUUUCAGAAAUGAUUAAUGAGGGUCUUUAUCAGUAUGAAUCUGGUCUUGGUAUUAAACAACCUAAUCUCUCAAAAGUGGGUACUAUGGAUGCUGAACAUUUUGCUCAAUUGGCUGGCAAACAACAACAACAACAACAGCAACAACAAGCUGCCCCUACACCCAAACUAAUUAAAGAACAAAAGAAAAAGACACCUCGCUUCUAUCCUGGUGGACCUGAAUCACUCCCUAACUCGCUUGCUCGUUCUUUUGCUGCUACUGCCGCUACCAAUGCCAAUGCUCCUUCUCCUGGCAAGAAGGAGGCUGAACAUGUAGGUUGGGUUUUGAGCGAUCAAGCUUAUCAUCCUAAUCCCAACGAUCUCUUAUCCACCAGUCUUGGUAAAUCGCCCUUGCCUGACAACAACUUGCUUUCCACUUCUGUUGAUAAUAUGGCCCAUUCAUUUGGUAGUUUCCAACAUCCCAGUCAUGAUUUAUUGAAGGACAAGGGUUUUGUUCAACACAAGUACCACAAGUACCAUGCUAAGGCGCUCAAGGAACGCAAGCAUUUAGGCGUAGGCCACUCUCAAGAAAUGAACACUUUAUUCCGUUUCUGGUCUCACUUUUUGCGUGAUCAUUCUAACAAGCGUAUGUACAGCGAAUUUAAGCGCUUAGCUGUAGAAGAUGCUAAUCUGGAUUACCGUUAUGGUCUUGAAUGUCUUUUCCGUCUUUACUCUUAUGGCCUUGAGCGCCGCUUCCGCAAGGAUAUGUUUGAAGAUUUUGAGGAAUUGACCCUUCAAGAUUAUGAUAAUGGUCAUUUAUAUGGUCUAGAAAAAUUCUGGGCUUACAACUUUUACCGUAAAGAUAAGAAGAAGAGAGAGCUGGUGUUUAGUGAACGUAUGACCCAGUUACUUGAAAAGUACAAGACCAUCAAGGACUUUAGAAACGCUGAAAGCCCUAAAAAGGUAGAAGGUGCUACAUAUACUGCACCAAACCAUACUUCUAAAAACAACACUUCUAAAAAGUCAACAGUUAAAUAA